UGAGUUCCCUGUCACCAAAAUACAGGCCUAACUGUUCAGAUCAGCAAGAGUCCCUCGUUUGAGAAGCGUUGACCUUACCUUUUGCAAACUGUGCAACUCAUUGGCUUUGAGAAAUCAAAGUCAAAAGUCUUCUCAGAUCAUAUGGCAGCUGCAAAUAUUGCAUCAACUGGAAUAGUUCUUGAAGUUCUAACAAGAGAUAAUUACUUAGAUUGGAGUGUGCUGGUGAAGAAUUAUCUCAUUGGAAAAGGUCUUUGGGACAAUGUUGUCGAGGUUAAUGUCAAUCCUAUACGGUCUGAUGGGAAAUCAAAAACUGAUGAUGCCUUACAUUCUGAACAGUCUGAUUGGAAAUCAAAAAAUGGUCAAGCCUUACAUGCUAUUCAACUAUCAUGUGGUCAUUAUAAUCUUCGCCAAAUAAGAAAUUGUGUAACAGCACAAGAGGCUUGGAAUCACUUAAAAGUUGCCUUCAGCGAAGAUUUAAGAGCAGACUAUGAUUCAUUCAACACAAAAAAAAGAGAAGAGCAUGAUAUUGAGCAAGGAGGUCUUCAAACUGACAUUGACAUGUUUCAUGUGGCAGUGAAGAAAGGCAUGUGGAACGACGCAAUUUUCUUCAUCAGACGUGAUGGAGAUAUUAUUUCACAAAAGUCAUCCUUUAAUGGUUGGACUUCUCUUCACGUUGCAGUUGAUGCUGGACAAGAUAAAAUCAUGAAGGAGUUGGUUAAAAUGGGGGCAUUGUUGACAGAGAGAGAUUGGGAGGGAUACACACCCUUUGCUCUUGCUGUUAAAUCAACUAAUGAUAUACAAAUUGUUGAGUGGAUGCUUAAUAAAGGAGGAGCUGAUCUUCUAACCAUGAAAAUCAAAGCUAAUGAUAAUAAAGGUGACAUUCCAGUACUUCUAGCCGCAACCAAUGGCCACAAAGAAAUGACGAGAUUUCUUUUUUCCAAAACUCCAUGGUCCACCCUAGAGGAGAACGAUUGUUUUUAUGGUGCUAAACUUCUUUCACACUGCAUCCAUGCCGAAUUAUAUGACGUUGCCGCAGCAUUACUUCAACAUCAUGGUACACACAUGCCCCUUAAUUAUGAAUCUCAUCAAUGUACGCGGCCUAUAUAUGGAUUAGCUCAUUUCCCUACCGUAUUUGACGGUGCAACCCAACUUAAUUGGUGGCGACAGAUUUUUUACAACGUUUUGUGGAUUCCACCUUACAUAGACCUUGAGGACAAAAGAAUUACACUCAAAUCGGAUGGUGGAGAAUCAAUUGCAUAUACUUUUGAAGGUGCUGUAACAAAAGUUGUAAAGUGCUUUCCUCGAACAAUGAUGUGGUUUCGUCGAUAUGGUGCACAAUCUCUACUGAUCAAGUUACCUUGUAUUAAGAAGAUAUACGGGAUAAAAAGGAACCAUUACCUAGUAAGAGAGAUUAUGAGGCGUUUGUGCGAAAAAAUUGAGAAAAUAUCAUCAGAAUCAGAGUUACAUCAAUGUUCAAUUCAUGAUGCUAUGUUACAAGCAGCCAAGUAUGGAAUUAUAGAGUUUAUAAAUUCAAUGAGGGAAGCAAAUCCUGACCUUUUAUGGGCCAUGGACAAAUACAAAAGAGGUAUAUUUGCACAUGCAAUUUUAAAUCGUCAAGACAAAGUGUUCAAACUCAUAUACGAGAUGGAAGGCCAAAAAGAGUUGAAAACUACCAAAGACAUAUUUGAAAAUAACUUAUUACACCUCGCAGCUGAGUUAGGCCCUUCCUCCUAUCGUGGCUGUCGAUCCAAUGCUGCUCUUCAAAUGCAAGGCGAACUUCAAUGGUUUAAGGCGGUAGAGAGUACUGUGCCUCCAAUGUGCAAGGAAGCAAAAAACGCAGACGGUUUAACGCCUCAUGAAUUAUUUACGAAAAAUCAUGAGCACCUUCUGAACGAAGGUCGACAAUGGGCAAAAGAUAUAGCAAGUUCUUUCACAAUUGUGGGUACUCUCAUCAUUACCAUCAUGUUUGCUGCAGCUUUCACUGUUCCAGGAGGAAACAAUCAGGAUAAAGGAACACCUAUCUUUUUAGGUAAAAAUGCAUUUUCUUUCUUUAUUGUAACAGAUUCCUUAUCUCUCAUUGCAUCCGCAUCAUCAGUUUUGAUGUUUAUUGGGAUUCUUACAUCGCGUUAUGCUGAAGAAGACUUCAACACGAGUUUGCCCGCUAAGUUAUUGUUUGGCCUUUUCACAAUUUUCUUGUCUGUGGUAUUCAUGAUGUGUUCUUUUUGCUCUGCACUUGCUCUUAUGCUCAAGGGGUACCGAUGGAUCAUAAUAACAGCAAUAGCAUCUUCAGUUAUUCCAAUCUUAGUGUUUAUGUUUUCGCUAUUGCGCCUCUUUUCAGAGGUUUGCAUUUCUUUUCUGAGAUCCUAUUUCCUCAGGAAGAAAAGAAGAAUGAAAAUAUAGUUGUGUUGCUUUUGAUGUACUUAAUAAUUGUAGUAAUCUAUCUAUAUAUUUCUAUAUACAAUGAGAAUCCAGCAACAAAGACACAUUAUUCCCACUAACAUCUUUAUUUUGUUAGUAGUUAAUGUUACAGUAAUUGAGCUAGCAAAGCUUUGGUAAUAAAAAAACCUUGCUUCAACA